AUGCGAAUGGGGGGCGGGGUGGGGGUGGGGAAGGGGGUGCGCGCCCUUUAUGACAGGUGGCCGCGCAGUGCGCGCUCCCGGGCGCCUGAGGGGAGGGAGGGACAGACGGACAAAGUGGGAGGGGGCACAUGGGGAAGGGACCAUAGAGAGGGUAAAGAGAGAGCGGGAAGGAAAAGGACGGCUGUGGUGGGGAAGGGAGUAGAGGGGGGAACGCGUCCAGCUAAGAACAGCCGUGUUGGAGGAAACAAUGGCAGGGGCAAUAGCGAUGGUGGCAGCCACGGCAGUCCCACUCUGGGCACCUUUCUGAAUGAGCAGAGGCAGCUCGGGGAGAAGAGGAGACCAGGCAGCGCCCGCAGAGGCUCUGAGAAAAGCGGCGAGGGAGGAGAAGGGGGAGGAGGAGGAGGUGGAGAAAGGGAGGGGGGAGUGGGGAAGAGGCAGGGGGAGAACCCGGGAAGGAAAACCAGUAGCAUCAGCAUCAGCAGCAGCAGCAGCAGCCGCCGCCGCCGCCGCCGCCACAGCAGUGGCAGUAGCAGUAGCGGCAGUAGCAGCAUUUAG